AUGGAUCCACAAUUGUUCCGAGUGUUGAAAGAAGGCAACAUAGACAUGUUGAAGACACUGAUGCAAGAGAAGCCAAGUUGCCUACAAGGCAUAACUGCAGAGAAGAACACACCUCUGCACCUUGCUGCUGGGCUUGGCUAUGAGUCCUCAGUGACAGAGAUCCUCAAUCAUCAUCCAGACUUGACAUAUUCACUGAUCUAUGUGAGAUGCGAAAUGAAUGUGCAAAAUACACCAUUGCAUGAGGCUGUGAAACAGUGUAAUCUGAGCACUUCAAAAGUGCUCAUGCAUGAGGAAUGGCGGUUGGGUCAUAUUGUUAAUGAACAUGGGGAAUCAGCAGUGUAUCUGGCAGCGGAGAGAGGAGAGUUGGAGAUUGUGAGGAUGUUGCUGCAGUUUUCAGCUCGCGCUGUUGGAGGUCCUGAUCACCAGACCGCUUUGCAUGCCGCUGUUUGUCGAAACUCUGGUAGGCCUAGUUAUUUCUCUUUAAUGGACUGGCUGGACGCUAUUGACAGUUGCCUUUAUUUUUUACGUCAUUACCAGAAAUUGCAGAACUCCCUGAUGAAGAAAUUGCCACUUAUAAGUCACCACGUGGAUGCAUCUGAAAGCUCUCCUAUUCAUUAUGCUGCAUCCUUUGGCGAUCAUAAGAUGAUCCAGGCACUACUCCUCCAUCAUGAUGCUUCCGCAGCUCAUCUCUUAGACAAAGAUGGUCUUUCAGCAAUUCAUGUUGCUGCCACCAUGGGCUACAUUGAAGUCAUUGCCGAGAUAAUCAAGCAUUGUCCUGACACUAUCGAGCUCACCGAUAAAAAGCAGAGGAAUUUUCUUGUUGUUGCCAUUGAAAACAAGCGAUUGACGGUCGUGAAAUAUGUUCUCAAUAAUCCUGCUCGUUUCUUGCUUGAUCAUGAUAUUGAUUAUGUCGCUGUGCAGCACAAGAUCAUGAAGAGAUUAAUGUCAGCAGGCUCACAAUUCAGCCCACAAUGCAUGGACUUAAUGACAAAGGAUUUUUAUUCAGAAGAUGCUGAAGAAAUUAACCGAUAUAGGGCAUUAUCGAAUAACCUAGCAAUAGUGGCAGUUCUUAUUGCAACUGUCACUUUUGCCGCAGCCUUCACUCUGCCCGGUGGCUAUGAGAAUGAUGGCCCAGACCGUGGGAUGGCAAUUCUAGGAAAGAAAACAACCUUCAAGGCUUUCCUUAUCUCUGAUGCUUUAGCAAUGGUUAGCUCCAUUAUAGUCACUUGCUUCCUCAUUUAUACAGGAUCUUCUGAUCAUGAUGUCCGGUUGCACUCUAUUAGAGUUGCUAUGAAAUUGAUGUGGGUGGCCCAUGGAGGAAUGGUUGUGGCUUUUGCCACGGGCAUCUAUGUGGUGGUGGAAUCAGGUCGUAAGUGCAUUUCUGUUCUUAUUUGCUCUAUGGCAUGCAGUGUUCCCUCCAUUGCUUGGAUGAUGGCACACUGCCCAGCAUUUGACUCAUUAAAUCUGGUGACGACAAGAAGAAAUCAAGAUAAAAAAGGGAAAGAAACUCCACUAUUAUAACCAUUGGAUUUUCAUACUCCUAGCAGCAUGAUAGGGUACUUUUUAACACAUUAUCCUCGUCAGUCAAUAGAAUGCUAGUCCUAUAUAAGACUCUUUGUGUUUCAUCCAAGUAAUGAAUUGACAGGAAGAGUAGAAAAGGGCGAAUUUUUAUAAGAUUUUGCUAGAUCUCAUGUAGAUCUUUUUGCUUCCAGCCUUUUUAGCACAUAUUGCUUUACUUGUUAAAGCCUGAGAGACCAAAAAGGCAUGAAACCUUAAAUCCAAUUCUGGCUUAAGCGAUAUCCGAUGAUACUUUCCGUUGUCAAUCAUGAAACUCCAAUAUUGAAUUUUUACUCAUAACUCUGUGCUAAAUUGAUGUUAACAGAGGAAAUUGACCCAAGGUUCGUAUGCAGAAUGAACUUCCUACCAUGCUGUGGCUUCUUGAUAAUGAGGUCUGUCACCAUUGGGCAACAUCUUUUUUUUAUUUUCGUUAUUGCUUUUGAUAACUCGAUCUAUCAAUUCAUCAAGGUGUCAUUUUGCAAGGUUACAAGUGGCAGUAGUGCUUACAAUUUCCAAACAGCAAGUUAAUGCGUUCAAAUAACAAUACGCAUUUAUAUAACAAAACAAGUGAUGAAAGCACCUUAUUUCUCCACCUACGAAAAUGAGGAAUUCACACAAGAAAACAUAGCAACAUAAUGUAGAACAAAAUGCUGGUCUAAUAAAACAUGGUUUCAGGA